UGGGAGAGGGGCUGCGCCCACAACUCCAUUCUUCGUGUGGGUAAACUGAGGCCCAAGUUGGCCCUGAAGACAGGUUCCGGAUCAGACCUUGUCAGCGGCCCUGAAGAUGGGGGCGUCGCGAGGUGAAGCGAUGAGGGAUUUGAGGAGUGGGCUUGGAGCGAAGAAGGGGCUGGGACGUCGGUGCAGUCCGGCCGCGGCUCACCUAUGGAACUUGGGGGUAGUCUGAUAGCAGACGUAGCCACUGCCCCCCCCGCCCCUGGUCGGGCUGGGAACCUCACCGGCUCGUGGGAAGACGACUAGAAGAGAGCAAAGGGUCCCAGAAGGCAUUGGACGGAAAUGAGAUUCCUUAAUCCUACGAAUUAACAAAGAAGGACUCAGAGCUUUUGAGCAGAGCAAGGGCCUUCCAGCUGGGGAACUGUUUGGGCCGAGGCCUGGGGAAGGUGGGUGAUGCGUCAGGUGAGGGAGAUGAGGCCAGUGGGGCCUGACCACGGAAGGCAGGCUGGGCUCCUCUUGAGGGCCGUGGUGAGCUCCUGAGGGUUUUAAAGGUAAAAUCACAUGUGAAACCUUCGAAAGUUCCUCUGAGGGGAAGGAGUGGAUAAGAAGGAAAGGGGGCUGGGACGCCAGUGAAGAAACUGUCACGGUGUCCCUGAUAGACGCUCAGAAGGUCCUGUGAAAAAACAGUGGCAGUUCCUCAGAAAAUUAAAAGUAGAGCUGCCAUAUGACCCAGCAAUCCCACUUCUGGAUAUGGACCCAAAAGAAUUGAAAGCGGUGUCUUGAAGAGAUUUCUGUACACUCAUGUUCAUAGCAGAGUUACUCAUAAAACAUAGAAGCAACCCAGGUGUCCAUGGACAGAUGAAAGGAUGAACAAAAUGCGGCCCAUCCAUACAAUGGACUAUUAUUCAGUCUGAGAAAAGAAGAAAGGAAAGUCUGGCACGUGCUACAACACGAAUGAACCUGAGAACGUUAUGCUGAGUGAAAUAAGGCAGUCACAAGGCAUACUGUAUGAUUCCACUCAGAAAACACACCGGUUCAUUUACUACCCCGACACCGGCUGGGCCGUGGGUGCCGAGGAGUCUGACUUUGAAGGUUGGGCCUUCCCCUUCCCGGGCGUGACCCUGAUCGAGGACUUCGUGACCCGGGAGGAAGAAGCCGAGAUGGUACAGCUGAUGGACCGAGACCCCUGGAAGCUGUCCCAGUCUGGGCGGAGGAAGCAGGACUACGGCCCCAAAGUCAAUUUCCGGAAACAGAAGCUAAAGAUGGCCGGCUUCCGAGGCCUCCCCAGCUUCAGCCGGGAGGUGGUGCGGCGGAUGGGCCUGUACCCCAUCCUGGAGGACUUCCGGCCCGUGGAGCAGUGCAACCUGGACUACUGCCCGGAGCGGGGCUCGGCCAUCGACCCCCACCUGGACGACGCCUGGCUGUGGGGGGAGCGGCUGGUGAGCCUCAACCUGCUGUCCCCCACCGUGCUAUCCAUGUCCCGGGAGGCGCCCGGUAGCCUGCUGCUCUGCCUGGCCCCAUCCGGCUUCCCGGAGGCCCUGGCGGACGGCGCGAUGGCCCCCAGCCGGUCCGUCCCGUGCCAGGAGGUGGAGGUGGCGGUCCCCUUGCCCCGCCGCUCCCUGGUGGUGCUCAGGGGAGGCGCGCGGCACCAGUGGAAGCACGCCAUCCACCGGCGAGACAUCGGGGCCCGGCGCGUGGGCGUCACCUUCCGGGAGCUGUCGGCCGAGUUCGGCCCCGGAGGGAAGCAGCAGGAACUGGGGCAGGAACUCCUGCAAAUGGCGCUCUCCUUUCAUGGGAGACCCACCACGUGAGCUGCCAGGACGGGGAGCUGGCCGCUGGGCCUGGUGGAGGCGCUGGCUCCCGAGCCGUCCGUUGGCCAGCAUCGAAGGGAGCGCCCAGCGCCAGGGUCUUUCUCAGGUCUUAAGGGGAGACCGCCGGACACGCCCUGGCACAGGGCAGCUCAAGCCCUGCCCGGGAUGGUUUCACGGUGAGGGGCCUCAGGUCGGUCCCUUUUGACCUGCGCGAUGGCCACUUGUUUGGGUGGUUUGUCACAGUUUGAGGGCAGUGGCCUAAUUUGAGCUUAAAAAUGGUUGGUGCUCCUUCAGGCUGUUUUCUCCUUUAUCCAUCUGUCUUAAUGAGGUUAGAGGGUAACCGAGGUUAGAGGCUAGGUAGCAUCACCAACUCAGUGGACAUGAAUUUGAGCAAACUCGGGGAGACAAUGAAGGACAGAGGAGCCUGGCAUGCUGCAGUCCAUGGAGACGCAGAGUCGGGCACCACUGAGCCACUGAAUAACAACUUAACAAGGUUGCAGAAUAUCCCAGCCUGCAGGCCCCACAUUUAUUUACUAUUUUACUUAUUUACUUUUGGCCAUGCCACGCAGCUUGCAGGAUUUUAGUUCCCUGACCUGGGGAUUGAAGCUAGGCCAUGGCAGUGAAAGCGACGAGUCCUAACCACUGGAUCGCCCGGGAGUUCCCAGGCCCCCCCUUUAGGGAGCGUGUUGGAUUGGAGAGGGGAUUGGUAGAGGAUGUGAGGUGGUUAUUGUUUCAGACGUCAGGACUGCUGACAGCUUCUGAGCCGGCUCUGCCCAGGUCAUGCUUGACUCCAUGGGGUGUGCGGUGUGGUGAUGGGGCAGUCUGCUGGGAGUCUGGGCCCCCUACCCCCAGUGAUGUUAGAAGUUGGGGAGGGGUCUCCUCAGCCCCCAGGACAGCACAGGGCGGCUCACUGCCUGGCAGCAGUGCUGUGAGGGCUGACCUGGACGGGCGGCGGUCCCCCGCGGCCAGGUGAGGAGCAGCCUGUGGAGGCGGGCGGCAUGGCGGGCCAGCCUGGUCUCCUGCUGCUUAUAUGACAGUAUACCUGGCCCACCAGCCACAUGCUAGGAGCCAAACUUGGGGGACCAGCGCCCCGUCACAGCCUGGAGACAUUCGCACACUGGUUUUCACUGUCACUGGAACUUUUUAAGAGCUGUCAGGCGUGCAGAGGCAUGGGCCACCCUGCACUGUCUGCGUAGUGGCCUGGCAGAGGCCCAACAGAAGGGCUGAGUGGGCCCAGCGGCCGGCUGUGGGGGGCAGUGGGCUUCCAGACACCUCGACUGGUGGGGACUGCUGCUCCUCAGGUACUGUGACCGCCCUGCUAGCCCUCACGCCCCUCAGGGUGGCGCUUGGGCAAGGCGGCCAGAGCUCCAGCCCCUCUUGCUACAUCAGCUGCCAAGCAGGCGCACAGACCCAGUGGUCUGCUCGCUGGGAGCUUGGCAGGCUGGGCCUCGGGGCAGCCCGGCCCCUGGAUGGAGCCUACAGGGUGCUCCGCCAACAGAGGGCCCCAUUUGAGCUGAGGCCAGGCAGUGUUCUCUAGGCUCUUCCUGCAGAGACGGGUGCAAAACUCGCUGACUGUGUCCCCAGGAGCCUGGGAGGGACGGCAGGGGCUGGAAGGACAGCUCAGCAGGUUCUUAAUGGGCCUUGGGAGGAGUCUCUAGCCUUGUCUGUCCGUCCUCUCCCUUUGCCCUCCUGGAGGCAUCCGAGUCAGGACCGUCUCUGCAGGCUGGCUGAGCUCACCCAGGAAAUGGUCAGAGUAGGCUUGCUGGCCCAAAGAUCUGCGCUGAGCCCAGGCCUUUUCUGGGGUCCCCCAGGGCCUGGAGAGUCGUCUUGGGCUGCAGAGGCAGGCUGGCCCUCUGGGUUGAAGGGCCAGAACAUUCAGAACAAUAAUAGUGACUUUCCUGGUGGUCCAGUGGUUAAGACUCUGUGCUUCCACUGCAGGGGGGCGUGGUAUCAAUCCCUGGUUGGGGAGCCAAGAUCCCAUAUACUGCACAGUAUGGCCAAAAAAACAAAAGAAUCUUUUUUUCUUUAAUGUUUUAAAAAUAGUAAAGGCCAGAAGUGUCCAAUAAGGGGGCCUCUACCUCCCUCACCUGGGAGCCUGUUGGGGCACUGGUGACCAGUGGUUGGAGCAGGGGCUUCUGAGUAUCCCCUCUCCCUGUGGCCUCCAAGAGCAGAGAGCAGGUUAUAGCUUUCUUUAUUCAGUUCAAUCCAGGGCAACUGUUUUUAAAAACUCCAUAUACAGGAUGGGGGGGAAUGGGGUUGCAUACACCACAUGUGGUCUCCAUGAUGUCAUGCAUAGUGCAUUUCUCAGCAGAAGACAGAUAAGUUCUGUAAAUGAGCCUCAAUCCACUCAGGCUUGCGUGGUUUUGUCCUGCACGGAUUUCCCUAGAAGACACUGAAAUACAUUCUGCCCUGGCAGUUUGUCCAAAAUAGAAACCCUUGCGUUUGCUUCUGGUCCGGUACUAAAUGGAGAUUGUGUUCCAGUUUGGAAACGGCCUCUGUGUAUCUGCGGGCAUUUGUUUUAUGAGCACCAGGAAGGCUCCUUUCAGAGGAAAAUAGGGCAAGCCCACACUGGCUCCUCUCACCAUGGAGAGGCCACUGUACUCAGAACCCUCUUCACAAUCAGGUUAAACCUCCAGAAACCGAAUUUCUAGCCUGUAAAUAUGCUUCCCUCUCCUUCCGAGACUGCCCUGCUGCGGCUCCAAAUAGUAGUUUACUCUCCUGCCCCAGAGGACGCUCUGGGCUGCCCUGAGGGGACCCCCAUCGCCAGGCCCCAACCCACGGUCAUCUCUGUUCUCACAGAAACUGCCCCACACCUCGGAACUAGAAAGGCUGGAGCCAAGAAAACUCGCUGGAUGAAAAUAAAUUACAAGAACAUUGUUCUCCUAA